UUGGCAGAAAGUUGUUGCGUCACACUGUGCAGUUUACGUUUGGUCGAGAUUUUAGUAACGAAAAAUCGUGUGUUUACAAGAAAAUGAGUUCGCAGAAGAGCAAACCCCCAAAGAAGUCGCAAAAAUAUCAGAAUACCACAGCCUUUAAAAAUGACUUGCACGACACGAGUCGGAAAACGAAAGCCCUGAAUCAAAUGGUCGUCGGCGGAGUGUGCUCUCGUUGCAAAGAACAGAUUGAAUGGAAGAUCAAGUACAAGAAAUACAAACCGCUAACGCAGCCAAAGAAAUGCGUGAAGUGCGAACAAAAGACAGUCACCCAGGCAUACCACAUUAUGUGCAAACCGUGUGCUGCGUCUGCUGAUGUCUGUGCGAAGUGUGGAAAGAAUGAAAUGGUUACAGGACAGGGGCUUUCACCAGCUGAGGAGGCAUCCCAGGCUAGCCAGCUCCAGGCCGAGCUCAGGCACCUCACAGAAAGACAGCGACGAUCCUUCUUCAGAUACCAGGCCAAGGGGGGACAAGAUGGGGAUGAUCAUGGGAGCACUAAGGAGGAGCGACCCACGAGCAAGGGCCAAGAAUUGGACGAGGAAGACUGUGAAUCUGGGAAAGAUGAUAAUUCGGAAGACUGCGAGUUGGAUGAUAGGACUUGUGGAACUUGAAGUGCUCUGAUCGUCUCUGCGUCGUGGUUGUUGCCCAACUUGCCCUCACGAGGGCCCACAAAUCAUCACAAGACAUCCAGUCUCAACUGUGACAAAAGCAUUCCCUCCAUCAACUGUUACUUGUGAAAUGACUUGUGAUUUAGUUUUGACAGGACUUGUGUUUGACUUGAUUAAAUCACUGCAGAUAACCACCUUUCCUGAAAAUUGAAAUCAUACUUGUCAGUCCGAGUCUCCAUAUUAAUUUAAGUCCGACAGGUGCCCUACAUCGAAGACAAUAAGUAAGAUCAAUUCCUGCAAGAAACGUGCCACAUGGAAAGGCAUACAACAAAGGUUUUCCCACCUUGUUGGCGGAUACGUCAUCCAAGAUAUAGCAAGAAUUGCCAAAAUACAAAUAAAUUUGAUAUUGGUGUUGAAGAUUACAAGAUUGCUCAAAAUGUGUAUAGCCACAACACUGGAGAAAUUAAUAAUUUGAAAACCUUGUAAUGAAAACUACCCUACAAAAACUUUGUCAUCUGCUUCCAGCCAACAGUUGGUGCUUUCAUCUGCUGUUACGUCCACAUUUUGCAUCUCCAUUCAUCUAGGCCUCUUACUGUAAAUUAAAAAUGAAAUCCUUGUCUAACGACUACCAUAUGGCCAUAGUCAUAAGAUAUGGAUGAGGAAGACUGUGAAGCUGGGACGGAUGAUAAUUCAGAUGACAAUUUUGUUCAGCCAACAAUUUUGAAAAGACUUGACGCCCCUUUGAUGUGGCAUUUCACAAUUACCGUCAAGAAAUCACUGAAUGGCAAGAUGAGAGUUGCUUUAGUUUCUUUAUAGAUGAAAUUUAUUAAUCAUUAUAAUUUAUCACUGUCUAAAGCACAAGAAAUGGUUCUUUGCACAAUAUUUGAAACUUAAGAAUACCGUAUUGUUUUGUGGGUCACAGAUGUGCAAGAAAAAAUUCAAACUUGUUAAGUGUUCUCAUGUCAAGAAAUCCAUACAAUAUUUGUCUUUUUCUUUCAAAUUAAAUGAAAAGUUUUAUUCACAAUAAUGGAAGGGUCAAAGUGGUAUAAAAAUGCCCCUCUAACCUUUUUUGAGGAGUAAUAAUUAUAUUAUGUAAAAAUAAUUUACCAAUUCAGAACUUGUAAGUUAAAUGUUCAUAUCACUUACAUUUAAUGGAAAUAACUAUUGAAAAAAAAGGGAGAAAAACUCGGAUGUCAUGAAUCAUAAAUGCAGCACGUUCCUGUUUAAAUUACAAAAUUUGUAAGGGGACAGCAUAUUGUAAGGUAGCAUGAGUUUAUUCUUACAUAGGUUCGUACAUGUAUGUUUAUAGCUACAGUACCAUGAACUUCUUUUGCAUUGUUAGUGUCUUAAUUAAAAAGCGAGGCCUACUGCAAUGUAUUUCGUGAAAAUGAAGCAGACACAAAGUUAAAAUGGUUCAAAGUUCCCCAAACAACAUUUGCUUAAUUUGAAAAAGAGUCGCACUUUAUUAAAAACUCUUUAUAAAGUAGUACGUGUUGAUGCAGUGAC